AUGAGGACAGANUCAGACAUACAGGUAAAACCACCUGUCUGUCUGUGUGUGCAGGCUGAUGAUGUCACAUGGAGCCCCUCCUCCCACUGCGGUUUGUCGACGCCCCCACCUGAACCUGCUGCUACAGGCUCCGCCCCCCUGAGCAGGUGCACCUCCAUCUCAGGUGUGAGGUCAUCAGUCUCCAUCCCCGUAGCUCCGCCUUCUGAUGGUGUCCCACCUCCUGACAGCCAGGUGAAGCAGCCAAUCACAGAGAAGCAGGAGAGAGGCCGCAGUGAUGUCAUCAACAGCAGCAGAGAAGAUGUUCAACUGGAGUCGCAACCGCCUCCCCCCUCCUCCCCCUUCUCAGAGCCCCGCCCCCUCACCUCCACCCCUGCUCGUGAUGAGUCAUCGGUCCCCCCUCCUCCCAGCCUGACCCCUCCUCACACCCUGUCAUUGGAGGCCCUGUCUGGCUCCGCCCCCUCUGACUGUAGCCCCGCCCCUCCCUACGAGCGUCUGUUUGAGCUGGCUCUGCCGCGCGCCGCCUCGCUGUUCAUGGAGAAGACCACGCAGGAGGCGCUGCAGAGGGCAGGGGGGGAGCAGGGGGGCGGAGCCGAGGGGGAGGAAGUGCUUGUCUCCCCCCUGAAGGUUCUGGAUCAGCUGAUCGUCCACGGACACGAUGCCCACCAGCACCUGAGCAGAAGGUUCUCUGCAGGCAGUAAGUCGGUGGAUCGGAGUCUUUCUGGAGGUAAACAGCAGAGCAUGAGAACCAAAGGCCCCGCCCAGGGGGAGGAGCUUCAGUGUGUGAGGAGUCAGCUCCUAUUGGUCCACGGCCAGCUGCAGUACGAGCGUUUUAAGCGUCAGCAGCACGCCGUCAGGAACCGCCGCCUGCUGCGCCGAGUCAUCAACGCCACGGCGCUGGAGGAGCACAGCGUCGCCAUGAAGGAGCUGCUCGCUGUUCAGGACGCCGAGAUCCGCAGUCUGAAGACGAGUUUAGAGGAAGAACAGCGACGAAACGCUGAGCUGCAGCUCGACACAAAGACACACAUCAGACAGCUGCAGACGCACAACACACAACUGCUGCUGCAGCAACAGGAGGAUCAGAGACACAACCAGAGACUGCAGAGUGAGCUUCAGGAGUGUCAGAGCAGGCUGAAGGAUCUGGAGGCGGAGCUUCAGAGAGCCAAUAACAAGGCGUAUAAUGCUGAACACCAGCUGACCCAGCUGUCACUCAAGCUGAGCAGCAGCGAACAGCUGCAGCAGCAGAUGUUCCUGCAGAACCAGCAGCUCGUCCUGCUCAGAGAAGCCAACCGGGUUCUGUCGGAUCAGCUGGAGGGAGGAGAGACGCAGCACUGCUCCGAGGCGUCCAUGCUGCAGUGCACUGUGGGUAAAGACUACCAGAGGCUGAAGGACAGCGACGUCCAGCUGAGACAGAAGCUGGAAGCAGCCAAUCACAGGAUCUCAGAGCUGGAGGCUCACCUGAGCAAGAAGGAUCAGCUGAUCCUGGACCAGAAGAAACUGCUGGAGGACACCAAGAACCAGAGCAGGGCGGAGCUGUCGGCCUCUGACAGCCGCUGCGUCGCUCUGAGGAGCGCCAAUCAGACGCUGCAGACGGAGAUGCUUCACCUGUACAGUCAGAUGCACCUGGACACCCAGCAGGACGUCUGCAGCAGGCCAAACGGCGGCAGCGUUGCCCUCCCUGUUGCUCAGGGCAACAGGCCCCGCCCCUCUUCUUCUUCUGCUGUCAGUAUCCUGAACGGCACUGUGGAGGAGCUGUCCACCUCCCCCCUGCACCUCCCCUCCUGCUCCUCCUCCCCCAUCGACUCCCCCCUGGCCGUCGGCUCCUUCCUGGAGCAGCGAGCUCGGCAGCUGUUCAGACCGACCAAUCAGAGCCAGGAGGAGGAGGAGCUGACCAAUCAGAGCCAGGAGGAGGAGGAGCUGCCCAAUCAAAGCCAGGAGGAGGAGGAGGAGGAGGAGGAGGAGGCCCAACCAGGGAGUCCUCCUCUGGGUCAGGAGGUAGAGGAGGAGGCCUCCCUCCUCGCUGGCAGCCCCCAGACGGAGCCUCUGAGUCGGGCUGCAGCUCCAGACCUGACGCUCGCCGUCCGCCAGAGGAGACACGAACUGAGCAUCAUGGACUACGACGAGACGCUGCCCGAGUUCUGACGGAGGGAGGCGGGGCCAAGAGGUGUGGGGGAGGAGCCAGGCGGGGAGGAGGAGCUGACAGAGAUCAGCAGGUGUUUGCCAAAAACAUGAGCGAAAACAGGAGAAUAACUGCGACUGAAGGUCCAGUUUUAUGUUUUCAGCUCAUUAAAGGGAAGAAAAAGGGGAGAAAUCAUCCAGUUUGACUGUUGCUGAAUUUACAAAGAAGCUGCAGCACCAUGAAGGUGGCGUCGCAGCAUCAAACACUACAACCAGAAUUCAGUGGAACUCUGGAAGCUAAAUCACUGCUCACGUUAUUCACUUUAAAGCUGCUUCCUUCAUGUUUUUACAGACUCAGAACACAUGGGGUUCCUCAGGGUUCCACACUCGGCCCCUUACGUUUUCUGUUUCACUCCUAAUUUACCAGCCUUCUGUUCAGUAACCAGCUGAUGGGCUGCUUCAGGCUGACAGGAUCAGCUGGAGGAUAAAAUGUCCAAUGAACACAAAUAAACCUCCAGGAAUCUGCUGAGAAACACAGUUCAGAACUCCAUAGAGAAUCUGUCUGUUUUUAGCUUCCUUCUGUGUCACUGAGCAGUGAGUGUGUAAACAACGUCCUGCAGACAGAAGCUCUGAUGAUUCUGCUGCUUUAAUGUGACCGUUUGACUAAAUGUGAACAGCUUGAGGCGAAAUCUGAGCUCAGAGGUCAGCAGCUGAGAUUAAACGACUACGAGCAGCGGCCCAGUCCAGCUCCAGGUAACAUUCGCAUUAACAUGAACAGGUGACGUCACCGUGAACUCACCUGCACGCUCAAGUCCAGUCAGAGUCAGAGGAACUGUGCUCACGUGGUUUCUGCACACUGAAGGUUUGGCGAGUUCUGCUCACGUUCAAAGCUCAGAAACUCCAGGUGCAUUAUUGAUUAAUUGGUUUGUGAUCAGAAGCUGACGUCUGCAAACGUCCUGAAACCCAAAGAUGUUCAGUUGACUGAAGCUUUUCAUUUGAUUGUUUCACAAGAUGAAAAUAGUUUUUGGUUAUUUUUGUAUCAAUAAGUUAAUUGAUAUCAGUUAAUCAGUUAAUGAUCAGUGCUGGUUGAUCAGCUCGCGGUUCUGUGAUGUCACAGGCCGGAUGAUGACAACAUGAACUGUCGCUGUAGGAAUGAUUGUUUUCAUGACUGAGAACCUGAAAGGCACAAAGUGGUUCAGCUUUAUGCUGAAAAAACAGGAAAAUGAAAAGACUUAGUCAGCCGAUGAGUCAGCUGAUCAUUUCUGCAGUGUGAUGCUGACAAACCAAAGAUUCUCUGUUUAACUGCUGAGAUGCAACUAAACACGGCAACUUUCCCUCAUUCAUGUUGCUGCUUCACUCAGAAACUUGUUGCCUGAAGAGACCAACUGUGAAGAGAAAAAUAAAGAAUCUAAACUCUG